AUAUCCCCUUUCUUUUCUUUCCUCACUUCACUACUCUCCCUCUUCUACCUUACUUACACCAGCAACACCAUGGCUCAUUAUAAACUCUUUCUCCUCACACUGCUCUUCACGGCCACCUGCUUCAAUGCAGAGCUCAGCCACGACGCCGAAGCUUUCUCACCUCAUUACUCUCCGGCAACCUCUCCGGCGCCCCACCAUCACCACCACCCACCAGCUCUUGCACCUGUUCAACCCCCGACUCAUCACCACCACCACCAUCCUCACCCACCCACUAAACCACCGACCCACUCGCCAGCUAACCCCCCUGUUCAUCCCCCAGUAAAGCCUCCGGCACCCUCACCGGUGAAACCUCCGGUUCAUCCACCAGUAAAGCCUCCUGUGAAGCCUCCGGUGAAGCCGCCGAGCUAUCCUUUCCCAAGGCGGUUUGUAGCAGUGCAGGGUGUUGUUUACUGCAAGUCUUGCAAGUACGCCGGAGUUGAUACCCUCUUGGGAGCUUCACCGGUUUUGGGAGCGACCGUGAAGCUGCAGUGCAACAACACAAAGUACCCAAUGGAGGUUAAAGGGAAGACAGACAAGAACGGCUACUUCUUGGUGAAAGCGCCGGCGACCGUCACGAACUACGGCGCUCACCGGUGCAAGGCUUUUCUGGUGUCGGCGCCGACCACCGCCUGUAGCAAAGUUACUGAUUUACACGGCGGAGCCACCGGCGCUGUGUUGACGGAGCAGAAACCGGUUGUUCUCACUGGCCAACCCUUCGUCGUUUUCACCGUUGGUCCGUUUGCUUUCGAGCCGAAAUGCCCUCGUUGAUUGAUUAGCGAUUAAACCGGAGUUGUCGUCUUAAUCAGAUUUGAUUAAUCAGAGUUUGUGCUUAUAUUUGUGUGUGUGUUUAUUUGAGUGUGAGUGUGAAGCUGGUUAUGUAGAUUAAGCACUUAUUUGGCAUAAGUACUUUUGAACACAAUCAUUGAGAAAAAAGUGCUUUUGAGCGCA